AUGUUUUACUUUCAUUGUCCCCCUCAGCUGGAUGGAGAAUGCUGUCGGACUAAUACGUUGAACACCAACGGGUUUGCCAACCAUGCCUCAGCAGGUGAUUUUGAUGACGGCUUUCUGCGGAGAAAACAACGUAGAAAUAGGACAACAUUUACUCUACAACAGUUGGAAGCUUUGGAAGCUGUCUUCGCGCAGACUCACUACCCGGAUGUUUUCACGCGCGAGGAACUGGCCAUGAAGAUCAACCUGACGGAGGCGCGUGUCCAGGUGUGGUUCCAGAAUCGCAGGGCCAAGUGGAGAAAGACAGAGAGAGGGAGUACAGACCCUGACGGAGGGAAGGAGCAGAUGAACGAGGGAGGCACUCCUCCGUCCAGGAGUCUGAACUCCCAGUCUCCUGUGGAUCAGAGCAGGAAACAGAAAGAACCUUUGGAGAUGCAGCAGAGUAUAAACCGAGCGGUGGGUCCUGGUGGUCCGUUCUUCCCCUCCUGUCUACCAGGAACACUCCUGAACUCAGCCACCUAUGCCCAGGCUCUGUCACAUGUUGCCACAAUGAAGGGAGGUGGUCUUUGCUCAUGCUGUGUUCCUGACCCCAUGGGCCUGUCCUUCUUGCCCCCCUAUGGUUGUCAGGGCAACCGUACGGCCAGUGUGGCGGCCCUGAGGAUGAAGGCCCGGGAGCACUCCGAGGCCGUGCUACAGUCAGCCAACCUGCUGGGGGCCGGCCACGGGCAUGGGACUGGAGUAGGAGGCAUGUCGGUGCUUGGGGUGUCUGGUGCUGGGUUGACAAGGCCUGGGAUGGGCCCUGCCCUGGGAGUAGUAUCUGGAUCAGUGUUGGGAGUCUCUGGAGCCGUGGGGAGAGGCUCCAGAGACGAGGCUCCCAGCCCAGGCUCCAAGACCCCGACUCAGGGUACCGGGUCUGACAAACACCCCCUCUGCCCCAAGGAACCACUGGAGAAAAAAUCGUCUAAUAAGACAUAA